AUGUCGAGCGUCAGGACACAGAUACGCCCUUCGUUUGCUAGCUCUUCCAAUGCAUGGGUCCCACCCUCUAGGUCUGGCUUGCAAGCAAAGAGCCUGAACGACGCCAUUCGUAUUCAUGACGGCCCCGUCACCUCUGCUACUACCACAAACAUUGAUCCUCGAGAAGUCAUGAAACGCGUUAAAGAAGUGCUAGAGGCUAAUAUGAGGCUCCAAAUCUAUCCUGAAGGCGAAUUUAAAUACAGAUGCGUAAGAGUGAAGCGGGACGGCGAAGGGGUUUCAGAGACAACUACAGUAUCGACUGCUGGAAAAGAAGCGGAUUCUCAGCUGCCCGGGGGCAGCGGUAGACAGGCAAGCGGACUCCGUGGCUCACUCAAAAUACCCCGCUACGUUAAGCGAGUAGCGUCGUUUGACGACGAUCCCGUUUCACCAAGUUCACCUGUCAGCGAAUCCCUUGGUCUUCCACCGAUAUAUGGCGAUCCCUUGCAGGACCCUGGUGACGAAGUCAGAUUCUUUGUUGAAUUAACGAGACUGGACGGGCUGGACGAUACGUACAGCCUAGAUAUUAGAAGAUUGCGGGGUAACCUCAGAAGUUAUAAAUUUUUGCAUGAUGUUAUGAGGGAGUGA